AUUGUCCAGUCUAUCAUGUGAUUGUCACGUCAAAGAAACAAUACAACAAAUAUUAAAAGCAUUCUUAUUAGCUCAAUUGAAAUAUUCGAAGAACUUACCAGAGAUGAGCAACAAAAGCAAGAAGGUAACUGUCGGCGGAAAUGACGGUAGCCAAAGUAAACUAUCCAAACAGCGUGCACAUGACUCGCAGGACUACAGCGCUUUCAAGGUUGUCCUCUUCUACUGCUCCCUCAUAGUAUUCCUGCCCAUUGUUACGUUCUUCGCGCUUAAAGGCUUCCUUCUCGAACGCUUCUUCACCAUGUCCGAUAUGAAAGUAAAUAUUGGAUCUGCCGUGGGCGCUGUGGCCGCACUGCACAUUGCGCUGGGCGUGUAUAUCUAUCGUGCCUACUUCGGUGGCUCGAAAACGUCCCAGUUUAAAGAAGACUAACUGCGUGGUUGCCGCUUGCAGGGGGCCACGGCUGCGACUGUUACAUAUGUAUCAUUUCCAAUUACAACGUUUAUGUUUUCGCUGCGUUCGUUUGUUAUAAGCAUUAGUAACAUUAGCGUUAAGUAAACUAAUUACAACUAUCUAAAAUAACAUUCUUAUUUGCGACUCUGUGGUGAGUGUGAGUGUGAUAAAUGACCUAUAAUCGUAUUCGUGUGUCGCGUGUAAUCAUUAAAUUGCAUAAUUUUCGAUAACAAAACACGCUCUACACGUUGUAAGUCUUUUUUUGGAUCUGUCCAUUCAAUUGCUGUCAGUGAUUUGU